CAACCCAAUUUCAAAUACUUCCUACAUUUUCUCUCUCUAACCCAUCUCCUCUGCAGCCCCUCUGCAACCCCCCGUUGCUACUUUUUCCAAUCCCCCUCGUCCAUCUCUCUCAUGGGUUUCUCUCUAUAACCAAUCUUUUCACCCCACCCUCUGUCUCUCUCUCUUUCUAGCUCUUUUCACCCAAUGGGCAACUUCUGCUCCCGCAGCAACGCGGACACGAACACGAGCACUGAUAAAAUUGGAUCAGAAUCCCAAGGCGCCCAAAACGAGGUCACGGAGGGUGGUCCGUCCACGACCCCGCCGAGAACUGCCACGCCGCCUUCCGCCUCCCCGAACCCUUCCUCCAAGAAGCCUACCAAGCAGGCCCCUAUCGGGCCGGUCUUGGGCCGGCCCAUGGAAGACGUCCGGUCGGUGUACACGAUAGGGAAGGAGCUGGGGAGGGGGCAGUUUGGGGUGACACAUUUGUGUACGGAUAAGGCCACGGGCGAGCAGUUUGCUUGCAAAACGAUUGCCAAGAGGAAGCUGGUGAAUAAGGAGGAUAUUGAGGAUGUGAGGAGGGAAGUCCAGAUUAUGCACCAUUUGACAGGGCAACCGAACAUUGUGGAGCUAAAGGGGGAGUACGAGGACAAGCAAUCUGUUCAUUUGGUGAUGGAGUUGUGUGCCGGAGGGGAGCUGUUUGAUCGGAUAAUAGCAAAGGGGCAUUACACGGAAAGGGCUGCCGCGUCUCUGCUGAGGACUAUUGUGCAGAUUGUGCACACUUGCCAUUCGAUGGGGGUCAUCCAUCGCGAUCUCAAGCCUGAGAACUUCCUUCUGUUGAACAAGCAGGAGGAUUCGCCACUCAAAGCUACGGAUUUCGGUCUUUCUGUCUUCUUCAAGGAAGGAGAGGUUUUCAAAGAUAUCGUGGGUAGUGCGUAUUAUAUUGCACCCGAAGUCUUGAAGAGAAAAUACGGACCAGAGGUCGAUAUAUGGAGCAUUGGGGUCAUGUUGUACAUUCUUCUAUGUGGAGUUCCUCCCUUCUGGGCAGAAUCGGAGCAAGGCAUUUUCAAUGCGAUAUUGCGCGCCAACGUCGAUUUUACAACUGAUCCUUGGCCUUCAAUUUCACCUGCGGCGAAGGAUUUAGUCAGGAAGAUGUUGAACUCAGACCCCAAGCAAAGGCUCACAGCAAAACAAGUUCUUUCUCACCCGUGGAUUAAGGAGGAUGGAGAAGCACCUGACACACCACUUGACAAUGCAGUUUUGGAGAGACUCAAACAAUUCAGAGCAAUGAAUAAGUUCAAGAAAGUUGCUCUUCGGGUUAUUGCUGGCUGCCUAUCAGAAGAAGAGAUCAUGGGAUUGAAAAAGAUGUUCAAAGGCAUUGAUACCGACAACAGUGGGACAAUAACACUAGAGGAGCUGAAGCAAGGACUUGCCAAGCAAGGCACGAAAUUGUCCGAAUAUGAAGUUAAACAGUUGAUGGAAGCCGCCGAUGCAGAUGGAAACGGGACGAUAGACUAUGAAGAGUUCAUCACAGCGACAAUGCACUUGAACAGAAUGGAUAAAGAAGAGCAUCUUUACACCGCGUUCCAAUACUUUGACAAGGACCAUAGCGGGUACAUCACCAUUGAAGAACUAGAGCAAGCUCUCCGUGAGUUUGGAAUGAACGACGGAAGGGACAUAAAGGAAAUCAUUUCUGAAGUUGACGCCGAUAACGAUGGUCGGAUAAACUACGACGAAUUCGUGGCCAUGAUGAGAAAAGGCAACCCAGAAGCAGCACAAAACCCCAAGAAACGACGCGAUGUAUUUCUUUGAUUCUGCGUUGCCGGGAGAGCCAAUGUGUAAAGAGUACUGUCUUGGUCACCUCAGUGUUAUUCAAUGGUUGAUGGAAUGUGAAUUGGUUGAGAGCAUAUAUAUUUUUAGAAGUUUUCAUGAGUUCAUGAACUUCUUGUGUACAUUACAUACUGCAAUGAAAGAUUGGCAGAGAGGAUAUGGCUUUACAA